CGCGUGUUGCCUUGGUCGUUUAAAACCAAAACAUUCGGUCAGUUUUUACUUUUAUGUCAAUUUUAUAUGAAUAGCUAUAUAAAAUGCAUGUGUACCUUGCGAAUACUUGGGGUACUGUAGAGUAUAUCGUUGUAUAUACAGUUGUAUACACAGUUGCGUGGAUGUAGUAUGCCACCAAACCAGUUGAAGUGGAAGAGAGUUCUAUAUGAGAAACAGGACGUUCCAGACAAUUAUGUUGAUGAGACAUUUUUGGAUGAACUAAGAAAAAAUGUAAAUACAACUACAUACAGUUUUUGGCCGACAGUGUUGGAGUCUGGAGUAGUGACCCAGCAGCUUAGCAGUGUCAUAAUUUUUGUGGACAGUUUUGUUCUCAUGCAAGAGGGUGAGGUGUCGCCGCACACACUGUUUGCUGUAUCUGCACUUCUCACGCUUAUCGCUUAUGUGAUCUAUAAAAGCACGGCUAGUGCAGGAACAGUCAGCAUUUCUGAGCAGGAUGGUGGGAAUGAAGAGAGUUGUAUUGUAGAUGAUAUAAAGGCAGCUAUUACAUUUCUGGCCCUUGCCUAUGGACUGGCGCCCAUUCUGGCAACAUUAACGGAAUCCAUUAGCACUGACACCAUCUAUGCUAUGAGCACUGCUAUGCUGUUAGCCAACCUUGUUCUGUACGACUAUGGACCAAGCGCAGCUAUAGUCUCGGGGACUGUGUCUUUCAACGCUGCGAUGUUUGCCUCUGUGUGUCUGGCGUCGCGCCUGCCUACUUUGUGGCACACCUUCGCUACGGUCACCCUGAGUGCUGAAAUGUUCGCCAUGUUGCCCAUCUUUCGCAAACGGUUAAAGGGAUGCUACGGAUCACGUGUUCAGGCGAUGAUGACGUUAGUUCUUGGUCUCGUGGCACUGGCAGGGUUGUGGCACAUCUCUCCACCCUGCGCUGCUCUCUUUCUCAUACUGCACACGUUCAUCACGUUCGUAUGUCCACUGUGGCUUCUUCAGAUUCAACCUUUCAAAGAUAACAUUCAUGGACCAUGGGAUGAAGCAGAAAUAAGAUCAUGUGACACCCAGAUCCCAGUACACAUGUAAACAUCUUCAGCUCUACAUUACUAUGUCGGAUAAAACUUGGUAUCUAAUGUUGAUGGGUUUUAGUGAAACAAAUGUAACAUUGCUAAAUACCCUGCGAAAGCAAAAGAGCUAGUCCACUGAAGUGCAAACUUUAAAAGUGUAAUAUAAAGUCAAACUUUAAAAGAAGCUAUAUUGCUGACUGAAGUUUUUUCGUAAUGCUAGUGUAUGUAAUUGCUAGUAUUGUAGUUUGUAACCAUAACUUGACUGAUGUAUCGGUUGCAUUUCUGUGCACUUCCCGUGAGAGUGGAGGAUGAGUGCUGAGAAAUGCUGAAAUUAUGCUUAGUAGAAUAAAUAAAUCUGCACUUUGAGUGCCAAUGGGUGUUUUUGUGAUGGGGUAUUUGGUCAUUUGAUUGUGAUAACUAUAUAAGAAAAUAUAUCAUUACUGUAAAUACAUUAAUAUUUUAAUAAACAUCUUUAUGGUAUAGA